GGGGAAGGCGGGGGGCCUCGGGGACAGCCUGGGCCUGGAGAUCCUUCAGAUUGUUAAGGAAUCCCAACAGCAGCAUGGUUUACGGCAUGGAGACUUCCAGAGAUACAGGGGUUAUUGCUCACGCAGGCUAAGACGACUCCGAAAAACUCUUAACUUCAAGAUGGGAAAUCGACACAAGUUCACAGGGAAGAAAGUAACUGAAGAGAUUCUCUCUGACAACAGGUACUUGCUGUUGAUACUGAUGGACGCGGAGAGAGCCUGGAGCUACGCCAUGCAGCUUAAACAGGAAGCCAACACAGAACCCCGCAAGCGAUUUCAUUUACUUUCUCGCUUGCGCAAAGCUGUGAAACAUGCUGAGGAACUGGAGCGCCUAUGUGAAAGCAAUCGAGUGGAUGCCAAGACUAAGCUAGAAGCUCAGGCAUAUAUGGCUUACCUCACAGGAAUGCUGCAUUUUGAACACCAGGAGUGGAAAGCAGCUAUGGAGGCUUUCAACAAAUGCAAGACCAUAUAUGAAAAACUGGCCAGUGCUUUCACAGAGGAGCAGGCUGUGCUAUAUAAUCAGCGUGUGGAAGAGAUUUCACCCAACAUUCGCUAUUGUGCCUAUAAUAUUGGUGACCAAUCUGCUAUCAGUGAGCUAAUGCAGAUGAGACUGAGAUCUGGUGGCACAGAGGGUCUUCUUGCUGAAAAAUUAGAGUCACUGAUCACCCAGACUCGAGCAAAGCAGGCAGCCACCAUGAGUGAGGUGGAAUGGAGGGGAAGAACUGUCCCAGUGAAGAUAGAUAAAGUGCGGAUCUUUUUAUUGGGGCUUGCAGAUAAUGAAGCAGCCAUUGCUCAGGCAGAAGGAGAGGAAACAAAGGAACGUCUGUUUGAGUCUUUACUCAGUGAAUGUCGAGAUGCCAUUCAGGCUGUUCGGGAAGAGCUAAAACCAGACCAGAAGCAGCGGGAUCAUUCUCUGGAAAUAGAUUCUGGGAAGGUAUCCAAUAUCCAAUAUCUUCACAGUUACCUGACCUACAUCAAGCUAUCAACAGCCAUCAAACGCAAUGAGAGCAUGGCAAAAGCUUUGCAGAAGGCAUUGCUGCAGGAGCAUCAGUCAGAGGAUGAUGGCAAGCGUACAGCACGACCUCAGGACCUCAUUCGCUUGUAUGACAUCAUUUUGCAGAAUCUGGUGGAACUGCCACAACUUCCUGGUCUAGAAGAGGACAAGAACUUCCAGAAGGAGAUAGGACUGAAGACACUGGUGUACAAAGCUUAUAGGUGUUUCUUCAUUGCCCAGUCCUAUGUCCUGGUGAAAAAGUGGAGUGAAGCCCUUGUUUUAUAUGACAGAGUUUUGAAAUAUGCCAGUGAAGUUCAGGCCCAGGCAGGUGCUUAUAAGAACAGCUUGAAGGAGUUGCCUGAUGUCCAGGAACUGAUCACUCAGGUGAAUGCAGAGAAAUACUCCCUGCAGGCAGCUGCUAUAUUAGAUACAAAUGACACAUACGAGGCUGAGUCUCCAUCCCAGGUUAAGGAUGGCAAGCCACUCUCUGAACGGUUUGAGACAUUCUGCCUGGAUCCCUCUCUUGUCGGCAAGCAAGCCAGCCUGGUGUAUUUCCCUCCUGGGUUCCAGCCAAUCCCAUGCAAACCCUUGUUCUUCGACCUGGCCCUCAAUCAUGUUGCUUUCCCACCUCUGGAGGACAAGGUGGAGCAAAAAGCGAAGAGUGGCCUUACAGGAUAUAUCAAGGGCAUCUUUGGAUUCAGAAGUUAACCAGUGGCCUUCAAAGAAAGGGAGGUUUUAUUUUGAUGGUGGAAGAGCUCCAACAGGGUCCAGAACACAAAUAUCUGCAUCUGAAACCUGAUAAGGGGAGACUUACCAUCUUCUUCCCUGUAUUGUGUAUGUGCCUGUGCACUUGAGUUCUUUCUCAAUGUAUUAGAGGGAAACAGAAUUCCACACAUGUACUAUGUAACUGUGUUAACACCUGGAGCAGAGAAAUUCCAUUGUCCUCUGAAAAGCUGGAGUUUGCUUUUUGACCAGUACCCCAUUCAGAGUCAACACACAGCGGACCAGGCUUAGACAACUUGAUGUUCAUCCAUGAUUGAAUUAUAAUUUGAUGACCUAAUCAGAUCAUUUGUUAGGGGUGGGAGAAAGCAGGCAGGAGUUGAGGAACCAGAAUUCACAAAAGGGGCUGCCUAAGCAAAGGGAGUGAAACACUAUCUAGGAGGACUGGAUUCCAGCUGCGAUGUAUUGCUUUCCACUCCCUGACUUGAAAAUAUAUAUAGUUAUGUAAAGAGAAAUCUGUCUUUAUUUUUUACAAAUUUGCAUUGAGAAAUGAGAGCUAAUACUCUUGUGCUAAGAGCAGAAGUGGUAAAUACUUUAACAGAUUUUAAUGGUUACCCAUUCUGUGGUGAAUUUACAUGUUGCAGCAUCUGUGACUCCUUUCUCACUUAAGACACUCUAUUAAAUGCCUAACUACAACAUAGACCCAUUCAGAAAAGGCUGCUCAUGGUAACCUACCUGCUCAUGGGUGAUUUUAAAAGGAGUUCAUAAACUGAAAGUCAGUUUAUCCUACAUGCUCUUUUCCUUUGUUUUCAGGCAAGCCUGAUUAAGAAGUGAUCCUUGUCUGGAGUUCAUCUUCUCUUGCUUAUUUCUCACCUUCAGUCUUCUGACUUUGCUACUGCAUCUGAUUGCUAAGGAAAUAAUUUAAGAUGAGGAAUAAGUAACAGGAGCCUGGUGGAUUCUUAAGUAAUAAGAUCUGAUCCUAGAUUGCUUUUUUGUAAGAGUGCCCAUGGUGAUGGACUGUUUUGAAAUGCAGGUAAUUUCAUAUCACUGCAAAAAAAAAAAAAAGGCAAUUGUUCCUAAAUAAAAUUUAGAAGCUUUCCAUGAGAUGUGUGGGGCGGGGUCUUUCCUGGGGUGUACUGUAGUCGGCUGCUGAGGUGUAGCACUUUGAUAGCUUACAGGCUGUUUUGGCUUUCAUACUGCCUCUCACUGCUGCAAUGAGGGCUUGAUAGUCCACAGGCUGGAAACAGAAGGAAAAACCAGCUUCUGCAGAUGUGGAUUGUGCAGUGUUGGAAAUAUUCCAUAAAAGAUGUUUGUAUUUGUGAAAUUGGAGAGCAAUAUGGAAUUAAUAUCAGGUUUUCCAGUCUUUUUUUUAAACAUAAUGUAUAUUUGGGAUCUCAAGUUGAUCUGAUUCAUUGAUUCUUGAAGUAUGAUAACUUCUUUCAGCACGACUCCUAUACAUAAAGGUCAAACGGGGUGGGAGAGGGAGGGAUAAAGAAACGUAUUUCUCUGUAUAUUUUACAACAUUUAAAUCAAGUGAGUUUCCUGAUAUUCUGAAUUUUCUUUAGUCUCUUCUUGGAAGGGGGAUUUUAUACAAGAAAAUAAUCUUAAGAUGAAGAAGAAAAGCUUGAUGUUAAAGAAUAUUUUUUAAUUUAUCAAAUGAUGAAUUUCAAACAGUUGUGAUCCUGGAACAUGCUGAUUUGUCAGUUCUCCAUCAAGCCUGUCUAAUUUAAAAUGAGACCUUGUCAUGUGAUAUACUGACCCAGCUCAUUUCUGGCUACUUUCCUUAUGGUGUUUUCUUUGACUGUACUUUGGUCUGAGCUUCUGUCUCCCCCUUUUUCAGAUUUUACAUUAAAUCAAUUUGAUAAUUAUUUUACUGUUUUGAAUGCAAACGAGACUUUGUGUUUGUUCACCUUUUCCUACCCCAAGCAUAUGGGUGUCUGGACUCAUUCCAGUGAAACUUGCGUUGAAUCCAGUUUCUGAUUGGUUGUUGUUUCAAAUCGUUAAGUGUUAUCCUCUUUAUGUUAAAUAUCCUGUGAUACAUAACUGCUUAGUUUGGACACAUAAGAAACCCUAAAAUAAUAAAGUCUUAUUCCUGA